AUGCUAGUAUGUUAUAUAUAUUACAAGCAAGGAGAAACUGCUGCCAAAUCAUAUCGAUCAUUAUGUGACGCUUCUGGAGAAGCAGAAAUAUCCAAUCGCCAGUGCCGUUGGUUUCAGCGAAUCCAGUCCGGCGACGAGUCCCUUGAAGAUGAUAAACACGGAGUUGAACCAAAAAUUGUGGAGAACGAGGUGCUGCGAGCUGCCAUUGAAGAGGUAGAUGCUACCAAAACAACUCGGGAAUUAGCAGAACAGCAGAAGCAGAAGAACAGUAACUAUCACGUGUCAAUAACUCACUUCGCCCAAAAGGGAUCCAGCGAAGGCUACAAAUUUCCUUCUUGA